AUGAAUGGGAUACUUGGAGUGGUUAAUAGGUUGCUUAUACCAUCGCAGAACUUGCAAUUUUCAUUGCGAAAUGGCAAGAAAUACAUACACACAACAAAUAGAUACUUAUAUCAACAUUUUGAUGUGGGACGGCCUCAUGAUUAUUGGCUCCCUGUGGAAACAAUGCCAAAGGAUGUUGAUACAUUAAUGAAGACAGACCCUAGCCAGAUGGAUUACUUUGGAAAUUAUUGGUAUUGGAGGAUAAGAGGAGAGUCCACACUUAUGGACUCUGAAAAUUUGCCAAAGAAAACUUACAAGCAACUAACCAGAGAUUUGGGCAUGCAGGUUGUAAGCGAAGAGAGUGAACAUAUGCUUGGGUUACUCGAACUGUAUGAAUACCUCAAGAGUUCCCCCUUCGUCGGUCCCUUCGGUACCAUCAAGAAUCCAGUCCUAGUCCCCUCCAUGAAUGUAGAAAGGGUUGUCGGUUGCACUGGGGGUUCGGGCGAUCGUGAACAUGUACCUUUGUGGUUUCGCUGCCGUGAAGGAUUUCUUUAUCGCUGUGGAGAGUGUGACCAAAUAUUCAUGCUGGUGCGGCUAUUACUAUCGCUGCCGGAUGGUGAAGAGCCCUUCCCCAUAGACCCGGAUAUAGACGAUGUUUUUGAUGCGCAAGUACUUGAAAGGGGACAUAUUCAAUGGAAUACCGGUGAUUACAUUUUCUGGCCAAUUGGUAAUGCCACGUAUAAACAAUUGUUUCUCCAGGGCAAGUGGGGGAAUCCAAUUCCAGACACUAGUAUGUAUGAUCAAACCGGGCCCGAGAACUCGAUUAACAUGCAACCUCUUGAUAAGCACAAAAAGUUCGCACAGUAUUGA